GCCACAGGUUCCGCUCUCGCUGGCUCCCUUUUUCUUCCUCCCUCCCUCCCUCCUCCCUCCCCGGCGGCUCGGCGCUUCGCAAGCCCGCAGCCUCCUGAGCCGCUCCGCGGGGUCGUCGGCAGCCGCCCGGGCCGUGUGCGCACGUGCGUGUACGCGCAGCAGCAUUCCCAGGCUCGGGUCGCGCAGGGGUGGACAUGGUGGGUUUCACGGUCCCCGCAGAAGUCAGCGUGUUCCUGCUGGACAUCGAGGGCACGACCACCCCGAUCGCGUUUGUCACGGACAUCUUGUUUCCAUACGUCAAAGACAAUAUCCAAGAUUAUCUACGAGCGCACUGGGAAGAGGAGGAGUGUCAGCAAGAUGUCGGCCUCUUGAGAAAACAGGCUGAGGAAGAUUCACACAUGGACGGGGUUGUGCCCAUCCCACUGGAAACCAGGGAUGGGGAAGCCGAGAUUGAGCGGAUCAUCCAGGCCGUCGUCGACAACGUCCGCUGGCAGAUGUCCUCAGACAGAAAGACUACGGCCUUAAAACAGCUCCAGGGUCACAUAUGGAGAGCCGCGUUUGAAAAUGGCCGGAUGAAGGGAGAGUUCUUCGAGGAUGUGGUUCCGGCAGUGAGAAAGUGGAGAGAAGCGGGGAUGAAAGUUUAUAUUUAUUCUUCUGGGAGCGUGGAGGCACAGAAGCUCUUGUUUGGGAACUCUACGGAAGGAGAUAUCUCAGAGCUCUUUGAUGGCCACUUUGACACCAAGAUAGGCGCCAAAGUUGACAGUGAGAGUUACCAGCGGAUUGCUGCGAGCAUCGGGUGUUCCACAAACAACAUGUUGUUUCUGACGGAUGUUGCUCGAGAGGCCGAUGCCGCGGAAGAAGCCGAUGUCCAUGUGGCUAUAGUUGUCCGGCCAGGAAACGCCGGAUUGACAGAUGAUGAGAAAUCCUAUUACAGACUCAUAACAUCUUUUGAUGAACUUUUCCUGCCAUCCUCCACUUAAGAAGCAAACUUGCCUAUGGAAUCUUUUUUUAAAAGAAGAUGGGAUGCCGCCACCUGACAAAAUUUUCCUUAUAAUUUAUGGUAGUUUUUGCUGGUGAUAAGAAAUUUGGCAAAGAAAGCCUUGGAUCCUUGACCUUCUGAUGAGAAGCCAGCAAGCCUGUUGUGAUUGGUGCAUCUGCUGGUGUUGCGAGUGUGUUUCAAUCUGAGCAGCUGUGAAGUCCCCCGGUUGUCAGCACCUUUGCUUUGGAAUUGGACUUGAAAGAGCCGGGGGAGCACGUGGGAGGGGUCCCCCAUCCAAGCCCCUUUUGAGCAGAAUGGAAAGUGUAGAAGAGCACAGAACUUCUCUUUCUAACCUCCCACUCAUCUCAAAAGGGUCUUGUGCUGGAAGCCCUUCCUCUGGUUGACUGAGGCAUGUUUACCUCAAAUACACAUUCCUUUAGCUUUAAUCUGCCCUACAAAUAAAUAAAUGUAUCGAGA